CGGGAGCAGCCGCCUCCGCCUCGCGCCGCUGCACCAUGUCUGGCCAGCGGGAGCGUUGCGAGCGCGAGUGGCACGAGCUAGAGGGAGAAUUUCAGGAACUGCAGGAAACUCACAGGAUCUACAGGCAGAAGCUGGAGGAGCUGACUGCGCUCCAGACUUUGUGUAGCAGCUCCAUCCGCAAGCAUAAGACGAGACUGAAGGACCUGAAGCGCACGCUCCAGAGGUACAAGCGCCGGGCCAGUCUGGAGGAGGCGGAGCUGGUCCAGCAGAUAGAUGUCACCAUCAAGGAGCGACAGAACACCUUCUUUGACAUGGAGGCCUACCUGCCCAAGAAGAACGGGCUCUACUUGAAUCUGGUCCUCGGCAACGUGAGCGUGACCCUCCUCAGCAACCAGGCCAAAUUUGCCUACAAGGACGAGUAUGAGAAGUUCAAGCUCUACCUGACCAUCAUCCUGCUCCUGGGGGCUGUGGCCUGUCAGUUUGUCCUUCACUACAGGGUAACGGACGAAAUCUUUAACUUCCUACUGGUGUGGUAUUACUGCACCCUGACGAUUCGGGAGAGUAUUCUUAUCAGCAACGGCUCGAGAAUUAAAGGCUGGUGGGUGUCGCACCACUACGUGUCCACCUUCCUGUCUGGAGUGAUGCUGACCUGGCCCAACGGACUAAUCUAUCAGAAGUUUCGCAGUCAGUUUUUAGCGUUUUCCAUAUUUCAGAGCUGUGUCCAGUUCCUGCAAUAUUAUUACCAGCGGGGCUGCCUCUACCGGCUGCGGGCUCUGGGGGAAAGGAAUCAUCUGGACCUCACUGUGGAGGGAUUCCAGUCCUGGAUGUGGCGGGGCCUCACCUUCCUCCUGCCUUUCCUGUUCUUUGGCCACCAGGAGGAGCUGGUCGGAGCUGGCACGGCCUGUUCCUCCUUCCCCGCUGCCCUGUCCCGCCAGGUGUUCGUGUUGGCCAUCACCUUCCUGGUCCUCUUCCUGGGCAACUUCCUGACCACCCUCAAAGUGGUGCACACCAAACUCCAGAAGAACAGGAACAAGGCGAAGAUGCCGUGAGCCACGGGGCGGCGCCCCCGAGCCCGGGACUUUGAGACUGCGGGGGGUCUCAGUCGGCACCCUCGCUGCCGAUUCCUCCUCAGCAGCGCCAGUGGCCACUGGCGCAGUGACCUCAGGGGCCAGUGGCCUCCCCGGGAGCAGGGCCAAGGCCCGAGCCCCCGACUGGACAAGAGAAA